UCUGUUAUGAAAUAUUUCAGGUGUGUACAUUGUGUAGAGGUCAGGAUGAAAGAUGGCUGAUAGAACAAGGGAUAUGCUGAGAGACAAUUGGACAACAUUGCCAUAUUUUCAUGAUCAUUUUAAGUCAGUAGAUGAUGUUUCUCAUUUUAUAAAGAAGAAAUCUAAGGGUAAAUCUGGAUCAUUCUUACUGCGACCUAGCAACAGAAAUAGAGACCUCCUCACUGCCUCCGUCUUAGUACCAGAUAAAAGUGUACGGCAUACCCACAUCCAGAUAGAGUUUGAUGCUUCCCGGGGCUGUUGGAAGUACUUCCUUGUUGUCGAAAAGAAGUUUGAUAGCGUUGAUCAGCUAAUUGAUUAUUAUAAGCAAAACCCUGUGAAAAAUUUAGAAAAUGUGAACAAUGUGUAUUUUCUGAAUCCUAUUUAUAGAUCUGAUGUAAAUGCUAAUUUAUAUACGGAACAAAAUGGAUCAAGUAGUGGCAGAUUUCAAUCAAAUCGCACAAAUAGUUUGUCAAGUUUGAGUAUAAGUAGUAGAACAUCUGAGCGAUCAUUUGACAGCUUAAAGGGUAUUCCUCCACCAUUACCUGUUCGACCAUUGAACCGAACUCAGAGUACGGACUCUAGUAGUGGCACCUGGGGUUCAAACAGUUCACAUGUUAAUACUUUACCUAAUAAUGACAUAGGCAAUAGACCACCAUUACCACUUCCUGAAGCACCAGAGAAGAAAGAGGAUGGCGGAGCGUAUGGUUACUCAAGAGCUCGAGACGUUUCUGAAGAUAUUUCAGAAAAACUUAAAGACGUUUUAAAAUCUAGUGAACGGUGUGAAUGUGGCAUUCCUAGAAAUUUGGCAGAGUUACCUAUGGGCUGGACGGUGCAUUUAAGUAAAGACCCGUUAACUCGGGGAAAACUUUUCUAUCAGAGCGACGAUGGAGUAACAUCAUGGCAACUCCCGCAGCAAGUUGAGAUGCAGCUUAAUAAGGUUCACAUAUCAAAUUUAAGGCAAAUUGACCAGAAUUGGAAUGUUCGACGUCAGAGUGGAACCUCUCUCAAUAGAGUUUGAAUUUGUGGUUAUGAAAAAUCUGUGAUGUAUACAUGUAAUGUAUCAAUCUUGAGCUGUACCAUAGUAUGAGAUCUAUUAUGAUAACAAUUAAGUUAUUUAUAAUGUCAGGAAGAUAUACGUAUUCAUUGAACAGCUAUUUGAUUCCUAUGUAAGUGCAAAGAAUGAGGUUUCAAAUAACAACAUUUUAUAUGAUAAAUUUAUUCAAGUAAUCAGUAAUCAUUGAGUGAAAAACAAAAGAAAAUGUAUGCCAUGUGUGGCAUUCUUUUUUUAAUUCAGGUGAAUAAUUACAUAGAAAACUA